AUGCAGCCUGAUAGGGACCGAGGGCCGCCGCCGUCGGAACCCUCCCAGGUCGCAAACUGCAGGGGGCAGAUCAAGAAGCUCGAGGCCGAACUCGAGCGGGCGCGGGAGCAGCGUUGGGACGUCGAUUUGGGACACGAGGCUGUGCCCGACCAGUAUCGCCUGGCCUCGCUCGACGAAGAAUUGGCCACCAUCACGGCCCUGCAGGGGCCAGUGUGGGACAAGCUCGGGGCCGAUCUUACGUUGGAGAAGCGGCAGAUUGAGCAGCGCAUGCUCGACGGCCAGCCUGUCUCGCAGCGCCUCCGCACGCUUCUGCGCAAGGUCGACGAGGCAGACGCGCAACUGGGCCAGGGAAAGAAGCACCUCAAAUCCUGCAGGGCCCGCCCCAGCGCCGCCGAGUCCGCCGCGCACAAGGCUGAGCAGACCUCCCGGGAGCAGGAGCAGCAGCCGAAGCGAUUCAAAACGCAGCAGGCGGCCCUGGUUGCAGAAGGGGUGCAUUUCGAGGCACCGUCUGCUCCUCUGCUCCAGCUCGACGCCUCCAGGGCCCAAGCCCUGGUGGCUGACGGGCUGGACAAGCUGGGCCCCCAGGUCCAUGACGUUUCCCUCCUGGCCUGGCCGAUGUGCGAGCAAGUGCCGCAAUGUGCGAUCCAGGCGAUGGUCAGGCUCGAGGCGCCUGCAGCGAGGGCGUUGGCCGCGGCCGAUGGCACGGCCACCCCAGCGAGCGAGGCUGCCUGCGGCGCCGCCGCCGUAGCCCCCGAUUGA